UAAUUUACUAAAACAAGGAUGUACUAGUUAUGUAAUGAAAAUUUUUUAGGUUUUUUGCAUUUAUACAUACAAAUUGUAUAUCUUUAAACUAUUAUCUACGGCCUAUCAAAGUUUCAUUGCUGCUGGCCUUCAAAUUACAUUGAAUUCAAAUUUUUAAAACUCUUGGCAGUCCUGACUUGCUUGUUCUUGCGCACUUGUAGUUGUUGAUAGCGACGACGCUUUAUUUUAUAUUUUCUUUAGUGUAUCAAAGAUUUGUGUUUAAAUUGUAAUUGAUAUAGUUAGGUGCAUUCCUAAAAAUUAAAGUUUGGCACUGUUAUACAUAAAAUAUGGCGGGCACCAUUCUUGAGAAUCUUAGCGGGCGUAAAUUGUCCGUAUUAGUUACGCUCCUGUUGUUAAGCCAAGUCGCCUGCUUCCUCUUGGGUGGUCUACUGGCGCCACUACCAGCCGGUCAUCAAGUAAUUCUUGCUAUGGUAUGUAAAGAUACACCCGGACGUCAAAAUGACACAACAUUUUGGCUUCAUUUACGUGGGGAUGGAAAAUGUGCCUCGGUUUCUCAAGAGGAUAUCGAACGGCAUGACACAAAAAUGGCCAAUGAGAUAGUAUACAUAUUCCAAAUGCCACUACCCCGUGGCGAAGAAUUAGAUUAUUCACGUUGGCAACAAAAUUUAAUUGGAGUACUACAAGUUGAUAUCGCUUAUAAUUCUGAUGUCUCGCUUAUAGACCCUCCAAAGGAUCUUCAAUUGACUGUCGAUACACGUUUAGCAUAUAGAAAUAAGGGUGACCGGCAAAAUGAUUGGAAGUUGUAUGCACAUGCCUUGGAAAAACGUUAUCUUGAUUGCUCUUUAAAAACUGCGAGUCAAGAGGAAUCCCUAUUCUCUUGUGAUAUGGUGCCAUUAUUCGAAUUGGGAGACCUUCAUCAUGAUUUCUACUUACUUAAUUUACGUUUUCCCAUUGAUACCGAUAUGAAGAUGAAUCUUAAUUUGGGACAUAUGCACGACCUAACCCUAACAGUAAUUCAUCAAAAUGGUGGUUUCACAAAAGUGUGGUUGUCUCUAAAGACCGUUCUAUUUCCGUUUGUGGUCGCAAUAAUGAUUUGGUUUUGGCGUCGAGUGCAUAUCCUUCAACGUUCGCCAGCCUUAUUAGAGUAUAUGCUUAUAUACCUGGGUGCCGCUUUAACAUUUCUCAACUUCCCUUUGGAAUUUUUGUCGUUAUUCAUUGAAAUGCCAUAUAUGUUACUCUUAAGCGAUAUUCGUCAAGGUGUUUUUUAUGCAAUGUUACUUUCUUUCUGGCUUGUGUUUGCUGGAGAGCAUAUGCUUAUUCAGGAAUCACCAUAUAAAUCAACAAUACGUUCACGUUACUGGAAGCAUUUGUCUGCUGUUGUUGUUGGGUGCUUGUCGCUUUUCAUGUUUGAUAUAUGUGAACGCGGCGUUCAGAUGCGAAAUCCCUUCUAUUCAAUUUGGACGACUCCAAUUGGCGCACGAGUGGCAAUGAGCUUUAUUAUUUUGGCUGGAAUUUCCGGUGUAAUUUAUUUCCUUUUUCUAUGUUACAUGGUGUGGAAGGUCUUUAAAAAUAUUGGCGCAAAGCGAACAUCGUUACCAUCUAUGUCAAAUGCAAGGCGGUUACACUAUGAAGGUUUGAUCUAUCGGUUUAAAUUUCUUAUGCUAGCUACACUGCUCUGUGCAGGCUUAACAGUGGCGGGAUUCAUAAUGGGACAAGUAGCCGAAGGUCAAUGGAAAUGGGACGAAGACAUGGAGAUACAGUUAACUUCAGCCUUCUUGACGGGCGUUUACGGCAUGUGGAAUAUUUAUAUAUUCGCACUACUUAUUCUCUAUGCGCCAAGUCACAAACAAUGGCCCUCCAAUAGUUCUGACGAAACCACGCAAUCAAAUGAAAAUAUUGUAGCUGCAGCAGCAAGUGAAGAAAUCGAAUUUAGCCAUUUGCCAUCCGAUUCGAAUCCCAGUGAGAUUUCAUCCCUUACAUCAUUUACUAGAAAGGUAGCAUUUGAUUAAACUUAUGUAAGACUCCAUUACAAUAGAAAAGCUGUUACGGCAGUGUGCUGAAAGCAGCCUCAUUCGAAAUAGACUGAAGACUUUGGCAAU